CGACGCCACGGCGUAUAUAAGACCUCGCCCUCACCCUCCCCGUUCCCCAUCGAGAAAAACGCUCUCCUUCGUACGCAUACACGCAUACAACUUCAACAGUAACAACACCAACACCAACACCAAUAUCACCAACAACAUCACCAGCAAUGUUCUUCUUCGCAUUCGCCGUCCCCUUCGUGAUCAUGAGCUACGCAACGUUCUUCAGCGACAUCGUCCUCCGCUUCCGCUACCCGGCCGAGUACGCGCUCUGGGCGCUCGACGCCCCGCCGCCGUACGAGCCGCACCCGCUCGAGGCCCUGACGAGCGGCGUGUGGCACGCGAUCGAGCCCGCGUCGGAGCGCCCGCCGGAGUUUGUGCUCAAAAGGCAUGUGUACCUCGAUUAUGGGGAGGCGCUGGAUAUUGUGCUGGAUGCGCUGGAGGUGGGGUAUGAUGGUGGGAAGUACUGCAAUGGGAGCGGUAAAGGUAAUGGUAAUGGUAACGGCACGAGCUCGAGCGUUGGAGGCUUUGGUGCUCGGGACGGGAGUGGGAGUGGGGCUGAGUUUUGGUAUAAUGGUUCUACUUCUUCUGGUGACGGUUCCUCCGAGCAAGUGGGCUUCUCUCCGCUCUCCGCUGCCCCCGCGACCUCUGAGGCGGCCCUCCGGCAGCAGCCCACCGCGACUGCACGUCCGCUGCCUCGGUUGCCCAUCAACGACCCCUCCUCUUCAUCUGCUUCCAAUGAUGAAGGCGACAACGACGGCGGGGAGUCGGCGGAGCUCACUGUGUUCUGUCAGUGCAACGCGCCCAGCCCGGAGCCGAUGUUCUCGCUCGUGGGGAUGUACGGCGCUGGGCGACGGGGUGUCAAGGCUGCGAAGGUGUUCACCAGGGAGACGUGGCAGAUGCUCAAGCUGCGGACAACUACAAAGGCCGAGGAGCUCGUGCAGGCUCUGAUACGGAUGGAUGUCCUCAUGGUGUUUGUCGUCGCCAGCGUCGUCGCUGCCGUCUCGGCAUGCGCGGCGCACCAAGAGAACGUCUUUGGCGCGGGCUGGUUCAAGGUGUACGAGACAGAGGUCGCCGGGGAGCCUGAUUGGGUCCUUUUGGCUACGGGCACUGUGGACGCGUCUCUGGAUCAUCAGGUUGACGAGCCGUUGGAUAUUCAAAUCGGCGAAGACGUCCUGGACGUUCCCGUCGACGAUAUGAGCUUCGGGACAACAUGGAAGCUCUACCUCGGGGACAAUGCUCCUAUCACCUAUGACGCGCAGCAACCUCCCUCUCCGAUUGUGUAUGUUGAUGCGAUCUCCAUCAACUCCGCUUCGGAGGUGAGCGCUCUCCUCGACACCGAACCUGAGCUCCAAGGAUCCACCGACACGCCUGAGCCGCGUUCGAUUGCAUGCGUUGAUGCGAUCUCCAUCGACUCUGCAUUGGAAGUCAGCGCUCUCCUCAACACCGAACCCGAGCUCCCAGAAUCCGCCGACACGCCGAAGCCGCAUACCGUCUUCGCAGACCCUAGUACCGAUGCCGUGUACCUGACUCUGGCGAUGUCGCCAGGAAAAGGUACGCGUGCAGUGGAGCUUGGGGCUGUUGAGAUUGUCGAGGCGGAGGGCGACGCGGACAUGGAGAGGAAGAGGGACGAAGAAGCUGCUGCGCUCAUUGCAGAGUUUGAUCGUAUCUUUGGAGAUGUCGAGUUCAAGGGAGCCGACCGCGAAGUUCAAGACGUCGGCGAUACAUCCGAGGGGCUCGAGUUCUUCACCAUCGACUAUGCCGAAUGGCAUGGUCUUUGUGACGAUCAGGGCGUUGCAUAUCAAGAUAUAGAGCACCCUGCAGUGCAGCUUGGCGAAGAGAUCGCUCUGGCGGGGGAGUCAACUGUGGAGGAUGAUGCAUGCGAACAAGCGGACACUCCGGACGAUAACGAAGAGUGCAACGGUGACGGACACGAAGCAGCGGCGGGACUCAAACGUUCCGAGCCUCGUGUUCCCGAACCGACGCACAUCUCCGGCUAUCCGUUCCAUUCCGACAAACUUGAAGUAGCUGAACGCAUCGGCGAUGGCGAUUGCCAGGGAGGAACGGACUCAACCCAUUGUAUCCGGCCCUCUGGUACUGAGCCUGAGCUCGCUCAGCUAUUCGACGAUGACUGGGUGGCGCGCUUCAUGGCUGCGGAUCUUCCUGUGGAAGGUGGGGAAGAGAAGGAGAUUGACGAGGGGCCCACCGAUUUCCAGAAAGCGUUCGGUGCACUCCACGAUGCGCAGUGGAACCCGAAAUUGGCGACCUCUGAGUUCGCGCCCGCGUUCAACGCACGGCCGACUCCCCCGCGUGACCCUUUCGGCGUCGUCUCAGUCUCUAUCCUUGCGCAAGCUCCAGUUGACGCCGCCGAGCCCGGGUCCGCACCCCGCCGUGCCGACAAGGGCAAGGCUGCUGCUCGCACUCAGAAGAAGCAAAAGCCAGCUAGCAAAUCCGAACGCGCCGAUUCACUCGCGGACUCGAUGCAUGCUCCCAAAGCCACAACCAAGUUCGCCAUCUACCACGACGGCGCCGCCGCGACGCCUGUCGCCUCUCGCACGCGACAGCAGCGCGCCCUGCGCCAGUCCGCGGAGCAGGCUGCUGCCACGCUCGCAGACUCGAUGCACGCCCCUCAGGCUAGCAGUCCCGUCGCUCAGCACGAUGAGCAAGCCGGUCCGUCGACCCGCUCCAGGACCAAGCGGGCGGCUGCGCUGAAGCGGGCGGUCGAGGAUAUCAGCAACCAGCCUGGGAAGCACGCGCGGGAGGUGCGCCUCGAGGAUGAAGAGUUCGGCGCUGGGGCUUCUGCCUCCCGGGCCUCGUCGUCGCGCGGCCCUCGCUCUGUGCCUGUGGACAGGGUGUAUGAGUCGGACGCUGAGGACGACUAUGACGAGGAAGAUUGCUACGGCGAGGGUGAAGGACAGGACGAGAAUAGGCCACAGGCUGGAGCCGGUAUGAGGGGCAAGGUAUUUCCGGAUGUACUCUCGACGUCGCGCAAGGCUGUCAAGCGGCGGAGAGUGAGGAAGCAGCGGGCGAUCCGCAGGGCUACACAGCGGGAGGUGUCCGCCGAGGUCGUUCUUCGGCGGAGGAGCUGGUGGCAUAAUAGCCUGACAAGGUCGCUGGCUAUAGUAUGGUACAUUAUACUCUAG